GAUGCCACGGGGCGAUUACCAGGUGACGGUGGCCAAGGCACCACGCCCCAGCAUCUACAGCCUGGACGACAGCUCUGUGUCUGGGCUGGAGAAGGAAGAGAAGGCCGGGCAGGGGGCCGCUGCCGGCCCCAGGCUCACCCCGCUGGAGCUUCUCACCAAGAGGAUGUGCAGCGACGAGAAGACGACGAAGGAGCUGGUGACGGGCCGCAGGGUGGGCUUCUACAAGCUGCACGGGGAGAUCGGCUGUGGAUCGUUUUCCCGCGUCAAACUGGCCUGCCACGCGCUCACCAAAGACAAGGUGGCCAUCAAGGUGCUGGAGAAGACCCGCCUGGACGUCCAGGCCAACAGGCUGAUGGCCAGGGAGAUCAGCAGCAUGGAGAGCCUGCAGCACCCCAACGUGUUGAGGCUGUACGAGGUGAUGGAGACACACAGCCGUCUCUACCUGGUCCUGGAGUUCGCCGGCGGGGGGGAUCUCCACACGCGCAUCAGCAACGAGGGAAAGAUGUCCGACAACCAGAGCAAGAUCGCCUUUGGGCAGAUCCUGUCUGCCAUCAAACACAUGCACGAAAACAACAUCAUCCACCGAGACCUGAAGGCAGAGAAUGUCCUGUUCACCUGCAGCUCCUGUAUAAAGGUGGCCGACUUUGGCUUCAGUACGCACGUCUCCAACCACAACGUCUCCCUGGACACCUUCUGCGGCUCCCCACCCUACGCCGCCCCGGAGCUCUUCAAGGACGAGAACUACAAAGGCCCCCUGGUGGACAUCUGGGCCAUGGGCGUCCUGCUCUACUUCAUGGUCACCGGCUCCAUGCCCUUCAAGGCCGAGACCAUUGGCAAGCUGCGCCUCAGCAUCCUGGCAGGAGCCUUCACCAUCCCGCCCUGGGUGCCCGGCCCGUGCCAGCGCCUUAUCAAGGGAAUAAUGAAACCCUUGCCCCAGGACCGCUACGCGGUGGAUCAGAUGCUGGGCUGUGAUUGGCUGCUGCCGGUGGAGUUUCCGUGGUCGGUGGUGCCUCCAGUGCCGCCCAGCCCUCUGCGCCUCCUGGAGGAGGAGGAGGAGCUGGAGGAGGAGGAGGAGGAGGUAAAGGUUAUCAUGGAGGAACUGGGGGUCACCCUAGAGCACAUACGUAACAAUCAGACGCGGGGCUGCCGAAGCCCAAUCACCGGGAUCUACCGGAUCCUUCUCCACAACGCCCAGAAGAGGCGGGGCUCCGAGACGUUGCCCGUGGUCAGGGGUGUGGUCAGGGACCAUCGGAGGGAGGGGCUAAGGGCCUACCGGGGGCUCAGACACACCUCCAAGUUCUGUGUCCUCUCCUGAGAGGCCUGUUGUUUACGAACCUGUGUGCUUUCCUUGAGAAAGUUCUGUUUUCAAAAAAUGUCAAAACCUUUCUUGAUCGCACUUUAUAGCUUCAGGAUUUGUAGGUCUCUGAAAUAAUUCAGGGGGUCUUGGGAUAAUGUUAUGACAAAUUGUUGGCUCACAGACAACAAAAGAGUAUUGCUGUAGCCUAUUUAUCUUGAAUAUAGUUUACAUGUUCAAGAUAAAUGUACAUCUUUAAUAUGGAAUAUCAAAUGUUUGUAGAACUUAAAGGUGUGAAAAGUGCCUGUGAAGACUUGAGACCAGAAAUAUGAAAGUGAGUGCUUGUUUUAUUCAGAAUCAAAACUGAAAGUAGACAUCUUAACAUGUAAUUUUUGAUCCUGAUUUGGCACAUUGAGUAUAACACCAUCUGUUUCUUUGCUUCAAACCUCGACUGUUACAUUCCUACUUUUUCUAUUAAGAAAAGAGUUUUGCAAACGUUUUGCACAGUGUUAUACAUUUGUUCACCGUAGUUAGUUUUAUACAAGUGGACUUGCAAAAUAGGCUACACACUAUUACAAAUAAAGUGAUCUAAACCAAUCGCGAAUGAUUUGACGUGAUGUUUGAUGAAACCCUG